AUGCUAUCAGGGAAGGUGGCUCUCGUCACGGGGUCGACGGGGGGCAUUGGUCUUGCCGCCGCGCAUCAGCUCGCCAGGGCUGGUGCGGAUGUCGUUCUUAAUGGCAGGCACCAGGCUCCCAAGGAUCCAGGGAUUGUUGACGCUGUGGCCGCCCACGGCACGCGCGUCCGCUACUUCGGCGCCGACAUGAAAGACCGGGCGCAGAUCGAAGUCAUGGUGGGGUUUGUGGAGAAGGAAUUCGGCGCCGUGGACAUUCUUGUGAACAACGCUGGGAUUCAGCACGUCGCUCCGGUGGACACGUUUCCGGUAGACAAAUGGAACGACAUCAUCGCUCUCAACCUGACGGCUGCCUUUCACACCACACAGCUCUGUUUGCCGGGUAUGCGCCGGCGCGGUUGGGGUCGCGUCAUCAACAUCGCGUCGGUUCAAGGGCAGAUCGGCUCCGUUAACAAGUCGGCGUACUGCGCAGCCAAGCACGGCCUGCUCGGGCUCACCAAGGUUGUCGCGCUUGAAAACGCCACGACGAAUAUCACAUGCAACGCGGUGUGUCCGGGCUUCGUCUUGACGCCGUUGGUGGAGGAGCAAAUCAAAUCGCUUGCUGACGCCGGUUUUGACGGCGACACGUCCGCAGCUGCGCUGUCGAUGCUGAAGGCGAAGCAGCCGUCGCUUACUUUUGUGGCCGCCGAACAGGUUGGGGAUGCUGUGGUGUUUCUCUCGAGCCCGGGCGCGGACCAGAUGCGCGGAGCCGUCAUCACCCUGGACGGUGGCUGGGUGGCGCAGUGA